UUUGACUUUCUAAAUAAAGACUCAUUUUCUGGUGCAGUAUCCCAUUAUAAGUACAGUCUUACACAUAAGUUCAUCAUCCAGAAUAUUCAACUUGUUUUUCAAAUAAGUUUCAUUCCAUCUUCUCCAAUAAAUCUUUUGUCACUUACACUUUUUAUUUGCAGAUGUUUUCCAUUUAAUAUCUCUGCAAUUUGAUCAUCACUUUCCACCCUUUCUGUGUUUUUUUCUCUCGAUUGCUGCUUGAAACACAAUAAGAUGGAUACCGAUCAUCUAAGAACUCUCGUAGGAGUACUCGGGAACAUUAUAUCCGGCAUUCUCUUUCUCUCCCCUAUCCCAACAUUUCUGAGGAUUAUCAAGGCAAAAUCAGUCCAAGCCUAUAAGCCAGAUCCCUAUGUUGCCACUCUUCUCAAUUGUUCAGUGUGGAUGUUCUAUGGUCUCCCAAUCGUUCAUCCUGAUAGUCUUUUGAUCAUUACAAUCAAUGGUGCUGGAUUCAUCAUUGAAGCUGUUUUCAUCACGAUCUUCUUCACCUAUUCUACUUGGGGUGGUCGAAAAAAGCUCUUGAUGGUUCUCAUUUUCGAGGUCAUUUUUGUUGCUGGAGUUGUCGUAGUUACAUUGAUGUGCUUCCACACAUACGAAUCAAGAUCUAUGGUUGUUGGAUUAAUUUGCAUCGUUUUCAACAUUCUUAUGUAUGCGUCUCCAUUGACUGUUAUGAGAAUGGUGAUUAAGACAAAAAGUGUCAAGUACAUGCCAUUCCCAUUGGCGCUUGCUAGCUUCGCUAACUCAAUUGUUUGGUGUGGUUAUGCUCUGCUGAAAUUUGAUCCCUACAUCUUGGUUCCAAAUGCUCUAGGGAGUAUCUCGUCUAUAAUUCAACUCGUACUGUAUGCAACCUACUACAGCACCACCAAUUGGGAUGAUGACGAUGAGAUUCAAAUGUCAGGAUCUUCCAAAGCAUCUGAACGGAUUUUCUCUGUUCAAACAAUCACCUUUUCACUCUCCAGGUCUACUACCUCUGCCUUUACUCCUCCCACCAUUGGAAACAAUCUCUCACCACUUUCCUCCACCUUCCAUCCACCACUUCUACCUCUUCUGAUGAUGAACAACGACUUACUGAUCCAUUAUCCUUAUCUUUCAUUUCAUCGACAACGAAUCCACGAGCUAAGAGAUCGACGUCGUUCAUUUACAUCUUCGAUUGCAAUAGUAAUCGUCAAAUCACAUUUGUAG